AUGAUCCUGCUCACGCCGGCUGCGGCGGAGCGAGGGGAGGACGCGGGCGAGGGCGAGAGCGUGGUCGAGGGCGAGGGCCUGCAGCCGCCGUUGCCAUCGAACGCGCCACCUCAGCAGUCACGACCGCCGCAGCGCGCCCAGCUUCAAUCGCGCUUGAAGCCCGGCUUUGCUGACGAUUAUGGUGGCGCAUUUGAGGAGUUCGGCAUCACCCAGCAGGAGGAAAUCAAAGACAUCAACGACCCUUAUGCUUGGGAUGCUCUCUUUGACCACCUGAAGGACGCGCGCGACGGCAAGGGGGUCCGAUUUAUCGACCGGAGAAAGAUCGUGAAAGCCCUCGAGCGGGAUGGCGCCUCGAAACGCGGAGGCGGCGGAGCAGAUCCCGUGGAUGACAGCCUCGAGGCGCUACGGCCUGAGAUCGAGAAGGCCGAGCUCGCGGUGUGGCCCACCGCUCAGGCGCCCAAGAAGGGCCCUCUGGAGCAGAGGCUUGGAGAGCUCGAGACGGGGGGCAGGGUGGUGGGCGGCGACCGCCGCAUACCGUCCUACGGCGGGGACUAUCGCUACGCCAGGGAAGACAAGGGCGUCGAAGUGCAGCUGCUGCUGUUCGAAUCGUUCGGCGGGUUCGGAAAGGGGGUCCGUGAGAUCCUCCGGAGAGCGGCGGACGUGCUACAGAACAAGCUGACGCGGGCCCAGUACCUCGAUGAGGUGACUUGGACCACCAAGAGCUGGCUGGGGCUGCAGAAGCAGCGCAUCUCAGUCGUUCUUCACACGGCCAUCGCAGAGCAGGUCGUGAAUGAGCUUGCCUGUGGCGGGGGUGGGCGGGUGCACGGAGCUAAGUGCCUCGCCACCCUCGCAGGAGUCGCUUAG